UGGAGAUGGAGCUGCAGCUGUUGGCGGAGCGGGAGGAGGAGGCGUCUCGUCAGGCCGUCCUGGAGCAGGAGAGGAGGGACAGGGAGCUGGCGCUGAGGAUCGCCCAGAGCGAGUCGGAGCUCAUCCCAGAGGAGGCGGCCAUCGACUCGGGCCUGCGCAGCAACGGCUCUUCACUUCCAUCGUCCCCAGAGAGAGCAGCCUCUGCCGGAACCCCAAAGCUGACGAGCAUGAGCAUGGAAGAAAUGGCCAAAGAAAUGUCUGAACUUCUGGCUCGAGGUCCACAGGUCCAGGCGUCCAAGGCGGCUGCCGGCACCAAGAAGUACGAACUGAGCAAGUGGAAGUACGCUGAGCUGCGGGACUCCAUCAAUACCUCGUGUG